AUGCCGGACAUUAUAAAUGCAUUUAAAAAUGACAUCGAUGCUGAACCGGUUCGGAAAACCGUCGAAGCUCUAAAAUGGAGCACGGUGACUAUCUCAUUGCCACAAUCCACCUUACGGCUGGUGACUACUGGUGUAGUACAGGAGCUCAAAGGGCAAAAAAGGAGGAUUCUCGCAAUAUCCAUUGCUUCGGUGGUGGCGCAGCUCGCUAAUGAACUGAUGUCGUUAUACCGUGUCAACAGGUGUUUUUAUGAGUUAACACAAGCGAAACUUGCACCUGAUUUUAUUCACCCAUGCAAUGAAACAAGCAGAGAAUGUUUAGUCAAGUCAACCCAAGACGCAAUUCCAGAAUUCGUUAAAGGCAUGCCGAAUCUUGGUGUUCCUGCGCUAGACCCUUUCACUAUCGAAAAACUGUCAAUUCCUCUCAGUGGACUGAAAGUGACAUUCUAUCAAGGAAAAGUAACAGGCUUCAGGAAGUGUAUUGUCGACAAUGUUAUAUCGGAGCUUGAGAAACGUCACUUUGUGUUAGAGUUUCAUUGUAACUUGACCAUCAAAGGAGAUUACGACGCCGUUGGAAAAAUCUUACUCUUCCCUAUUAAUGGCGAGGGUGAUGCAAAGAUAAAAUUGACAAAUCUGAGGAUGAAGGUUGAUAUUAAUACAAAAUACAUAAAAGACAAUAAAGGAGUGAACCACUUUGCCUUAAAGAGCUAUAAAUAUUCAUUCGACUACGGAGACAGAGUAACGUUUGACUUACAAAAUAUUUUCAAAGAAAGUAAACAAUUAAGUGACACAGUAUUGGCGUUCCUUAACGAAAAUUGGAGGACUGUCUCAGAAGAAUUUGGAAAACCAAUAGUAGACUAUGCCGUGGAACUUGCCAUUAAAACAAUCGAAAAAUUCUUCCUCGCAGUUCCUUAUGAAGAACUAAUUAAUGUUCCUAUACCAUCAUGA